AUGGCCUUACCAAGCCCAGAGACUCAGGCUAAAGUAGCCAGCGAAGCCGCCCAAGCCUUCGUAGACCACUUCUACGAAGCCCUCAGCAAGCGCCGCCCCAUCAACAACUUCUACGCCUCUACAUCCGCGCGCCUGACCGCCGCCGGCGUCAAGCCCGACAUCAGCAUAAACGGGCUCUUGGUUCCCGACGCGUCCGCGUACGAGGCGUUGCUAGAAACGCAAGGCGGCCCCGUAUCCUACGACAUCGCGUCCUUCGACGCGCAGCCCGUGAACCCGUGCUUCCGGAUCGGCGAGCCGGAACUCGGCGCUGGAGCUGGAGCUGGCCGCGACGCUACUGCCGCCGCCGCCGUGCGCAACGGCGAUAGGCUGAGCUUCGCGGUUCAGGACGACAACGAGCCCCUCGAGAAGCCGUUCAACGAGGCGUUUCUACUAGUGCCGCAUUGGGAGGCUUGGGGGAGGAAUGCGUCCCGCGGGCUGAGGAAGUGGGUUAUCGUUAGCCAGAACUUUCGCGCUCUGUAA